GCAGAGUCCUUGCCUGUUUGCUGCUCCAGUCCUCCAGCUCCCACACAGCCUUUCCAUUUCAAACUUACACCGAGCCCCUCCCGUGACUUCUCUCCUGUUAGUGGAGUCCUCCUCCCAGGGCUUCCCCCAGGUGAACACACGCAGAGAUUACGCCCAGUCAGGCGCUGCAGGGGGAUGACUGGAAGAAGUUGGGUUGUCCAGAGAAACCGGCGGUUCUGACGGUGCUGUUUUAAGAGGAGAGGCGCAGACCUCCAGAAGACACCAUGAUGUCUGCCGUAGAGACUGGUGUGUACCAGCCCGCGCAGCUUCUCAGCUGGGUCUACAUGUCCUUACAAGACACGCCGAGUAGCGCUUUUGACGGCUUCAAAGUCGAGUCGGACUCCUCUCCUCUGGACGUGAGCACCUCCAAGCGCAGCGCAGCUGAUCUGAGCUCCAACUAUCUCAACAACUUCUUCCAUCUGAGCAGUGAGAGCUUGAACAAUAAUUUCUACAAGAGGACUUCACCUUAUGGAUCUCUCAACAAUAUUGUGGAUGGCCUGAGCUCACUGGCAGACCAUUUCUCAGACCUUUCCCUGUCUCCUGAGACACGGAAGCCCAGCAAAAGGCCGCCACCCAACUACCUAUGCCACCUUUGUUUCAACAAAGGACACUACAUCAAAGACUGCCCUCAGGCUCGACCCAAAGGCGAGGGCCUGACCCCAUAUCAGGGAAAAAAGAGGUGUUUUGGAGAGUAUAAAUGUCCAAAAUGCAAGAGGAAGUGGAUGAGCGGGAACUCCUGGGCCAACAUGGGACAAGAAUGUAUCAAGUGCCACAUCAACGUUUACCCUCACAAGCAGAGACCUCUGGAGAAGCCGGAUGGGUUGGAUGUGUCUGACCAGAGUAAAGAGCAUCCGCAGCACCUGUGUGAAAAAUGCAAAGUCCUUGGCUACUACUGCCGCCGAGUGCAAUAACGCAUUCAGUUUGCCUAACACACUGCUCCAAAGCUUCAUGAAACACACAUAGCUACGACAGCUAUAUUUUAGUUACUAAAGCUACAGCAUCUAUAGUGCAGUAAUGCAUCUCACGCUUUCAUGAAAUACCCUCUGACUCUGGUUUCAGUAGUAUCAGUGGAGAUUGUGUUUGCUGGGUUCUUGUAAGCUACUCGGUUUUCAUUAUGUGAAUAUUCAUUUGAAGUCUGAACUUUGAGCCAACUGUGAAUUAAGAAACUUUACUUUCUUCACUUGUGAGCAACUUCUUGGAACAGCUUUCAUAUAGAGGUUCUUUUACAUGUGUGUAUAUUUCAGAAAUAACUUAAAUGUUUUUGUAUAAAAUAUGCAAGUCUACCAAGACGGUUAUGCAGUAAUAAUGUAUAUCUGCCUUGUCCUCUGUAUUAUUAGUAUUGGUGGGUACAUCAUUUUUCUAAUAUAUGUUUUAAGCCAUACUAUUUUGUUGAAUAUUACUCUUUGUGAAGGAAUAUAUUAGUCAACUAACAUUAAGUUCUUUUAUACUACGUGCUACAGUUUAUGGGGAAAACACUCGUCAGGUAGUUUGUGGCUCCAAAGUUUUAAAUAUGCAGUGUAGAAAUUUUUCUAAUAGUAACUUACAGCAACUGUAUUUUGGCACCCAGUGCUAAAAGACUCGCCAAAGUGCUUAUGGUCAUAAUGUAGUAUAUAACAUGUGACAGUAAAAAAAAGUGAAUGUAACAAACGGUGAUAAGUGAAGGGUUACAUGUGAGUGGUGCUUUUCAGGGUAUUUUUCACUGGACUUGCUAAUAAAUGAGUAUGGAACAGAAAAACCCUUUAACUUGUAAACUGUGUUAAAUUUAAUGUGCCUUCAUUUGUAUAACCCAUGAGAUGGAUGCUUCUCUAUUGAAAUAUUUGCAUUAAAAUUGAUUUAAACGUGA